UGAGCACUUCGAAAUUCGAACAGGAUGUAACUUUCGCCACCUUGCGAAAGUAUUAAGAAGUAAGAAAGUCUCUUUUUUGAAUCUUCAAAUAGAUUUUCGAUUUUUUCAAGAUCUACUUCUGUACUUAAAGAUUACGUUUGUAAAAUAAGAGGAUAUUAUUUUCUUUGAUUUUAACAAAGUCUCAUAAUUGAUCAACUCAAAAUGCAAGUGAACCGAUCACUUCACUUACAGAAUCUUUACCCUGGAAACCUUUUAAUGAAUAAGGAAUUAAUUACAACAACUAAGAACUUAGAAAACUGCAGGAUCAUAAUAACUAAACGUGUUGACACUUUUGGAGAUGUACUGUAUUUAUUUUUGAUCUCGGACAGAGCUAUAUUAAGUAAGUCUCAUGGCUGUAGAGGCUGUAGAGCAUAUAUGGUCUAUUUGAUACAUGACAACCCUGUCGACGGCUGUAUCUCACCAAUCCAAAUCCUUUGACACACCUAACCCCUACCAUCCUAAGGCAGGUGCAGAAAGUUGUUAUAUGGUACUCUUGUUACUCAUGACAAUUAAUACAAGUAGGGAAGACUGGAGCAAAAUUAGUCAGCAAAUGACAUUUUUCAUUACGUAUAUAAUUCACAAAAAAGUGUCGGUAUCAAGUUUAUAAAUAUUUUAAAGAAUAGGAAGGGAGGUGUUUACUUCGACAAAAUUAUGGCUUCCUCUAUAUUCCUCGUAAGGCAAGCUAUAACAUCCCAAUAUCGUACACUAUCCGCGACUAAUUUUUUCUUUCCUCAGUGAAGUUUCCCCUACUUCACUGAGGUGAGCAUCAUGACCAUGUCACAUAAUAGAUUAAUAUUAAGAUUAGGGUAGAGUAAGUACUUUUCGCCACCUUAAGGUUUGACACGCUUAUAAUUCUUACACUAUUUGUCGAAAUAAAAUGAAAUUUUGUGUACAAGUGCUUUGAAGCAUUGUCUAUCUAUUGAAUCAAGAGACUUUCCGGGAACUUUUGAGUAUCUGGUUGAAAAAGUACAUUUCCUACAACAAUGCAUGUUUCAGUACUUUUCGCCACCUUGUAAACACUUUCUCGCUAUUGUGUAAGCACUUUUUCGCCACUUGUUUUUAAUUGAUUUUAAGAAACAGCAGUUUUCGAAAACCCCCAAAAGUACACGGCACAGUACUUUUCUUAUUUAACACCGAUAUUAGACAAUUAUUAGAGUAUUUCGAAUGAUUUUUUACACAUUAUUUAUUUGCGACAAAAAUCAAUUCAAAAUUACGCCUGUUUCAACUAAAUUCCGCGAGGUGCGCCACUUGUAAAAUGCUUGGAAAAAUGAGUGGCGAAAAGUACUUACACAACCGAAAAAGUAAGCCCUAUUUCACCACAUCCGUAUUUAUUUAUUUUUUUGGAAAAACUUAAUUAAAAAAUGACAUUAGAACAAAGCUUAGUUAAUAGCGGAUUGACUUUCAGUGAAAAAAUAUCGAAUACUGUACUGAAAAAACAUAAAAUAAUGCAAGACAAUUUGUCUGAGCGUUGACAAGUAUAUUAAAAACUCCAUAUUUUUUUGGUGGCUGAUCACCUUGUCGACAAUUUCUUUAAUUAUCUUGCAAAUAAUCUAGUCGGUGGAUUAUCUGAUAUGGUUUUCUGAUUCAUUUGAGUAGAGGUCACGAAAUAACACUCAUUUCGUCAAGGGGUUCCACGAACUCAUAAUUUUCUUAAAAUGUGAUUUUAAUUUAGGUGGCGAAAAAGUGUAUACUGGCGAAAAAGUACUGACUCUACCCUAAUACUCUUUGAACUGCGAGAAUGCCAACAAAGGAUAGCAAGUGUUUUAUCUUGCCUCUCUCUUGUGUUUCGCUCGAAAACUGACCGAAUCACAAUUGGUACGCAUGGAAAAUUGCUCGAAUUGCCUGUAAUACGAUGCAGAAAGCAAUUAAUACGAACAGUAAUAUCUUACUCAUCGUAUUACUCCACUAGAGUGUACUCUUUCUAACACACAUGAUAUUCCAUUUGAAAUUUUGCACACUAUAUACCUCUCUCUCCGACUUUUCUUAAUAUUAAUAUUAAUCUUAUAUGUGACACCACAGUCAGUUCCCCAAUUUCCUAAGUUUUUAUUACUAUUUAGGUGAUUUAGGUGGUCCCCCCCAUCAGGGCUUACACUACCUCGAGGAUUCUUUUCCAGCCUUUUAAAUUCGAAUAACUCCUCAAUGCUGAUUAAAAUAAUGUUUUUUUAAUAAAAAAAAAAACAUUUUGUUAAAAAGACGUUCAAAAAAACGUUCAUAACACAGUCAGUCUUGUCUUACAGACAUCCCUGCUCUUCCCUACAGUGUUUCAGUUAAUUUAAAAAAAAAACUCAGAGCAAUAUUCUCUAAAUACUUCCACUGACUGUACACAAUAAAAUUUGCAAUACUGUAGUUUUUGUCUGAUAACAAUGUUCUCUUGUACUUCCGCUGUAAUAUAUAUUUUUUUAUUAUCCUCCUCAGAUAUUAGAAACACUCGUGGACGUCUUCACCCAUCGUCGCAAUGGAUCGCACUAGUUUUUCUGAAAUCUCAUCAGAAAUGUGUCAAAGACACUGCAAACAAACCAUCAACAGUAACAAGCAUAACGCUAAGCCAUCGAAUGCCGAAAAAUGUUCUCAAUAAGACAUUUACUAUGAAGAUGACCUUAAGGCUAAGAAUAGCUUUUAAUGAGUCCCAGCGCAGACGUCGCCUUACUGACUAUCAACAUUCGUCUCGACGGUCUUCGAUGGCGAAUGUAUUAAUUAAGAGUGAUUGUAUUAGUAGAAUUACCAAAGAAUACUUUCACUAUUAGAUAAAUUUUAUGUGUUCUGAAAAUGGACUAUUUUGACCAAUUUUGUGUUAAUAAAUGAAAUAACUCAUUAAAUUUAAAUUAAUAGCAGUGUGUCUGAAAGUCUGUGUAUGGUGUUUAUAAGUGAAUUUGUUAAUUAAGAAUGAAACAGAGACUUAAGGAAAAAAAAAGAAAUAUGUUAUAGAAACAAAUUUAAUAUGAUUCGUGUAGAAAUAUGUUAGAAAAUAAUUCAAUUACGGCUGGAAAAUGACGAUCAAAAUAUGGUUCAUUUUAGUCAUAUUCUUCAAAAUCAGUAUUAAUUCAGUGACAUGUCAUUCACUAGCCAAAGACAAUGUUGAUGAGAUCAAUAUGAUAGGCAAGACGAAACGAGCCGUUCCACCAGAAUAUGCAAGCACUUCCAGUUUGGCUGUCUGUGAGAGUUUCGUGAUUGGAGAUCCGGAAGCAAAAACACUCUACAGUCCCGGUUAUCCAGGCAACUACCCAAAUAAAACAGACUGUGUUGUCGUUCUCGAAGCUCCUGUGGGUUUUCUGAUCAGACUAGACUUUAGAGAUUACUUCAAUAUAGAACCGUCUGAAGAUUGUAAAUUUGAUUUCUUAGAGAUUAGAGAUGGUGGUCAUGGCUUUUCCAGCUUGAUUGGGCAAUUCUGUGGAACUGACUUUCCACCAAUGGUCACAUCGAAAGAGCGCCAAUUGUGGCUUCACUUUCACUCUGACGAAAAUAUCGAAUAUGCGGGUUUUGUUGCCAUUUACGAAUACAUCCCACGUCCUACAAGCUCUAUUUACGAUGAUUCAAACUGCCGCUUAGAAGUGGGUGGAUUCGAAGGAUGGGUUAAUCGGACCGACAUACCAACUGAGAAGAUGCAAAUCUCCAUGGAACACAACUUGCCCCUAGACUGUAUGUGGGUGAUACGGGUCUGGGAUGGCUGGAAGAUUCAACUAGCUUUCCACUUAUUCAAACUCGAGAAACCCAAUGACUGUGACAGCAACUUCGUAGAUGUGUUUGGGGAGAAGACAGACAUCCCAAGCCGAAUAAAAAAUUUCUGUGGUUCAAUUGCUGAUUCUGUCACAUCGAACAAGAACAUACUGCAUAUUCGAUUCUAUGCAGAGCCACCGGCAAUAAAUUCGACGUUUGCCAUUCUCUUUACGGCAUUUCGGGAAAAACCAUCAGGAGAAACUUGCGAAGAUGAUGAAUAUGAUUGUGAAGAUGCAACUUGCAUAUCGGACAAAUUGAGAUGCAACGGUCGAGUGAAUUGUCGCUUUCGAUGGGACGAGGACGAAUGUCUUACAGAUACUGGGGGACAGUCAGAACAUGUUGUCAUUAUCAUCGUUGUUUUUGUCCUCAUCUUGGGUGGAAUGUUUGCUGCCUUUUUGGUCAGCUGUUUGAGGAAAUUGAUUCGAGACCACAAAAUUAUUAGGGAACACAUUCGACAAUCCAAAGAGAGCAAAUUGGAUGAGUUGGGUCGUCACUCCACAAAACUGCCAGAAGAGCGUCAAUCGAUAAAAAAGUCCCGGGAAAACCUAUCAACGAAAUUGGCUGUCUCAACUUCAUCGUCACGCGGAAAGAGUGUUGACGCCAUUAGCAACACUGGCCACAUCCUGGACUCGCCGGACAUCUCCAAUCGCUACUAUCGCGAGAUUGUUCCAAUUCCCCCAACUGGGACUGCGACCCACUGUGAAAUGAAACGCCCCGAAGUCCUUGUCGGAUGGAGAACCAGUAGCCUCCAAGAUGAGAGCCAUAGCAGUGACGGAGUUGGGAUGUGUGAUAUUGCUUGCCAGACGAGGGAAUCGCUGUUCCAACCUAUCUUCAGGAAUAAAGUGACUCAAUCACCGAUACCAUCAAGUGAAAUUAGAUUUUCCACAUUUGGCUACAAUUCCCCACCUGUCAUGCCUAAUGUGGCUCACGAAUUGAACAACCCAUCAAAACAGCCUAUGGCAACAUCGACAGCCAAUGUCAUCGAAAUGAGUGACCUAGGCUGCCCACCACCACCACCACCAAUAGCCCAUCACUACUGCCAGCAUCACCAGAUGAAGCUGGAGGAGGCCAAAAGGAGUCAACGCAGUGAUGAGAUACGCAAAUCAGCUCCAGAUGUUAUCAUCAUGACUUCGCAUUGACCUUUGUGGAUAAUUUUUACUAUGUAAAUUUUUACUUUCUUAACGAAAUUGUUGGAUAAAAAAAAUUGUAAUACGUUACACUUGGGGAUAAAGUUAAACGUAAAGGAAGUUUUUAAUUGUGAAAUGGAAGGGAAACAACCGAAACAGUAAUUUUUUUUCUCUUAAAAGAGCAAAAACAAUUCAUUUUAAAAUGUAUUUUGUAAAUAAUUUUCGUUAUUGCUCGGCAGCGUAAUUUUCUUGUUAUUUUUACAUAAGAAAAAAAACAAUGAUCAACCAAUAGAUAUUAUUAUAGAAAAUAUAUUUAAUGAUUUAUUAGAAUGAAUUUCUAAUAAAAAAUAUAUUGGGGAAA